AUGACUGACGCUCAGGCAGCUGUCACUGAUGCGCUCAACGAUCCAGUAGAGCAGAAUCGAGCGAGCGCAGAGGACGCAAAGAAAAUGCUUGCAGAACUCGAAGCUGCAGAAGCUGAGGACACUACAGAGGCCUCUUCUAGACCAGAAAAUAACGGCGCAACCAACGGCAGCGAAGCUGAAGCAGAAGACAAGAAUGAACCUCAGGUAGAAGAUGAGGAUCGCAGCAAAGAUCGUGAAUACAAGAGACGGGAUCGCGAUGACCGUGACCGAGGGCGUCGUGAUGGCAGGGGUCGUGGUCGAGGUCGGGGAAACUUCAACAACCGUGGUGGUGGUGUCAGAUCAGUUCUGACCUCAGAAGAGAAGAGCAGCGACCAAAAUGCCAUUCGCAAGCAGGUUGAGUUCUACUUCUCAGACUCAAACUUGCCUAUGGACCAGUUCCUUCUAGACAAGGUGGGUGGUAACGAGAACCACGCAGUCGAACUAGACAUUAUCUGCAGCUUCAAACGUAUGCGACACUUUGAGCCUCGCGAGGCCAUUAUCGAAGCACUCAGAACUUCCAAGACACUGCGCCUGGUAGACGACGAUACCAAAGUCCAACGAAAGAACCCUCUUCCCAAAAGUACCGACAACGGCGUCAAUCCCGAUAUGGUUCGAGUUCACGAGGACAAGGCCAUGCCACGUACCGUCUACGUCAAGGGUUUCGGUGAAGAGAAGCCAUCCUCACAAUUCGAUAUCGAGGCUUGGUUUGCUCAAUUCGGUGCUACCAAUGCUGUCCGCUUACGACGAACCGAAGACAAGACAUUCAAGGGCAGUGCCUUCUGCGAAUUUGAGACAGACGAGAUGUUUACGAAGUUCCUCGAAAUGGACCCUAAGCCCAAAUACCAAGAUCGAGAGAUGCUAGUUAUGAGCAAGCGGGAGUAUUGUGACAAGAAGGCUGAUGAUAUCAAAGCUGGAAAGAUCAAGCCUAACAACCGUUUUGGUGGCAAUGAGCGAGGUCGUGGGCGCGGUCGUGGUGGCGCCAAGCACAAUAACGAUAGGAGUCGUCGGGAUAGAGGGGACGACAAUCGAGACUGGAGAGAACGACGCGAAGAGGACCGACGAAAUGGCUUCCGCGACGACAAGAGACGUGACGACCGAGACAAUCGGGACAAGCGAGGCGGCCGAGAACGAAGACGGUCGAUCGAGAAGGACGAUCGAGGUAUACCCGUGGUCAAGACUAACGACACAGAGCGAGAGGAUGAGAAGGCUGAUGCUAUUGCUAAGGCCAAGGCGAUUGUUGAGAAUGCAGAGAAACAAGAGAACGAUUCCUCGGAAGUGACAAGAACAGAGAAAGAUACUCCGGCUGAGGAUGUUAGCAAGAAGCGCGAGCGUGAAGAAGAUACUGGGGUUGCUGAGGAGCCUGCUGCGAAGAAGGUUGAUGCCAAGGCCGAUGCUUAG